AUGAAGACAGCAGCGCCUCUGCUAGCCUUAGUCUUCUGUCACCUGUCAGUGGCUCAGCUUCAGGACUCUGACGAGAUCAGAGUGAAUGGCAUCACUCAGCAGCUAGACUACCAGGGAGGAGAAAGCAGAGCCAAAGAGAUUCCUGCAGAGGAACAGGCAGUAGAGGCAGAAGCCACGGUGGACAGCCAACAAACCUGCCAGUCCGGCAUCUACUGUAGACAAGUGGCUUUUGCAGCUUCCAUCAGCAAUGUUGGCCACAUUGGCCCCUUCAACACUGAAAUCACUCUGACCUACAAGAAUGUCUACACAAACAUCGGAAGUGCUUACAACCCAUCAACAGGAAUCUUCACAGCACCGGUCAGGGGAGUCUACUACUUCCGCUUCUCAGGUCACAACAGCUCUUCUAGACCCAUGGGGCUUCGACUGAUGAACAACGGAGAACAGAUGAUUACUGUGUACAACCACGUCUCUGGAAACCGACACGAGACCGCAACCAAUGGCAUCUCGCUGCAGCUGAACGUAGGAGACCAUGUUUACAUGCAACUUUGGGCCAAUACAUGGAUCUUUGACAAUAGCAAUAACCACAGCACAUUCAUUGGUCAUUUGCUCUUCCGUCUGUGAGGAGAAGGAAGCUCAUUGGUUGAUUCCGGUCAUGUAAUGUUCUCAGUAAGGUAGUUCUAAAACCAAUGUUUAGGGCAUAUUUGUGAAUCAAUGGGGUGAUCAUAUAUGAACACUAUUAAAGUUGUGAAUAUUUAGAGUGGUAAUACAGGUGUACAUAUUAAGGUCAUU